UCGGCCUAGCUACAGUGAUCCCCCUUCGAAUCAUGUGUUUGUAAAUUCAAUCCAUCCAAUCAUAGAGCCUCAAAAUUGGUCGUGCCUGCCCAGAUGACCGAUGAGCAGAAGCUGAGCACUUUCAUGGAGCGACAUGGGGUGCGUGAGGAGGUGGCCCGCCGGUACUUAAGUACCAACAACUGGUCCUUGGAUAUAGCCAGCAGCACCUACGAAUCGGAUGCGGCGGCCAAAAAGGAGGAGCCCGUCGAGUCCACGCAGGUGGAAGAUGGGAGUCAUCGGGAUCUGCAGUCCCUGCUAAGUCACCAUUCCCGAAGGCGGGACAACAACCAGGAUGGCUACCAGGCCGGAGCCUCCGGAAGCUCAUCCGAUCACGAGGUGUCUUUGGUGGGCAAGCGGGUACACAUCAACAACUCCACGCCGGCCAUAACCAACCACGAUAGCGAUCGGAGUCUGAGGGUCUGGGGUCAUGGCGUUCGUCUCGGCAGCGCCCAUCCCAUCAUUCCACCUCCCCGGUCGGCGACCGAAGAUUCCGAGUCCGAGCCCACCGACGACGAGCACACCAUUGUGGUGCUCCACCUUUGGUCGGAGGGAUUCUCCCUGGACGAUGGCUCCUUGAGGCCGUACUCCCUUCCAGAAAACGAACGGUUUCUUCGCGCAGUCCUAAGUGGAGACUUUCCGGAGGAGAUGCUCCGGGUGCCCAGGGUCCAGCUCAGCGUGCAGGAUCACACCAACGAACCCUAUCGGCAUCUCUCGCGGAAACAGUUCAUGGGACCUGGUAGACCGCUGAACAGCCCUCCAUCCAGGAUUGUGGUGGGCAUGCUGCCCCUGCCAGUGGAGCCCCAGAGCCUUCAGCUCAACGAAAGAGCCGCCAUUACCACGGUGCAGUUGAGGAUGGCGGAUGGAAGUCGCGUGGCAGGACGCUUCAAUCUCACCCACAAUGUUGGAGAUCUGUAUCGGUACGCUCGACUUGCCAGGCCCGAGUACUCCAGCCGAAACUUCGUGCUCCUGACUGCCUUUCCGCGGCAGGAACUCCUCGAAACGGACACCCGUACUCUGGUCCAGGCCAAUCUGUGCAACGUGGUGGUCAUCCAGCACCUGAACGAGGAGCAGGCGGAGCCCUUGUCCAGCGAUGCUUCUGAGAUGGUAGAGAAAUAAAGGGCAAGAUAUAUAUUUUAUUAAAAA